AUGCACGUGAAUGACACGCGGGCGGCAAUCUCGCAUUCUGCGCGCGCGAGGGGGCGGUUCAUCGAGAAGGACGCGAAGAGAAGAAGCAUAGAGAAGCAGAAGGGGAUGGAGAACGCCGAAGAGGACAAGGAGGAGGAGAAAAAGCAGGCGGGGAAGAAGGAGGAGCGAGGGGGAAGGGAAGAAGGAGCAGAUCAAGAAGGAAGGGAACGAGGAAACGGCGGAAAAGGAAGAAAACGAAGAGUAAGAGUACGAAUACAUGCUUGGCGGGCCAGUUCGCGACGCCGCAACCCGAGUUGCUCGCGCGGACUUGAUCUGCCGCGCUGCGACGUAAAAAUCCACUCUGAAUGCCGAUUAGAUGAGGAAGAGGCUGCAUAA